UGUAAGAAUGUCACAAUAAAGAAUAGCUUGUCAAAUUUGUUAUAAUAUUGUUGUAAAAUAUAUUUAGAAAUGGACAAAGACGAUAAUGCAAAUCUUGAUGUAGAAUAUAACCGAUACUUACAAAUUUUACAACCGUACAUAGAACAAUUACUGGAUCUGGAAGACAUAGAAUUAUGUAACGCGUGGAUUCGAAGACUAUCAGACUAUAAAGAAGACGAGAAAACUCUUCGUAACAAAUAUCUUUUUACACUCUGCUGCCAAUUGGCAAAAGGUAUUCUAAAACAUCCAUUCUGUAGUUUUCCUCCACCCAACGAACUACCCGUGCUCGAUGAAGCCAGCGAUGAUUCACUUUCAGAAGGUGGUAGUAACUUUACACUGGGUUUCCAUAAUAGCAACGGAGAAAUUUUAGUUGGCUCAACAACUUUAUCAAAAACUAUAUUACAACCAAAAGACAGCGAGCUGACCGCGGCUUCGCAUUCUAUUCAAAAAAAUAUAGAUAAUAUUGACAACAAAAAAGAAGAAGAUGAAUUAAAGCUCUUAACGGAUAGUUUAGUAGGUUCUUCAAAUUCUACUGUCACUAAUUUAUGCUACCCAGAAAUAUUAAAAGAUCUAUCCAAAUUUGUUAAUUCUGAGGAUAACGUGUAUUUGAGAGUUAAUAACCUUAUUGACAAACUUCGACAAAUCAAGAAGCAAAACACGUUAUUGCUUAAAGAAUUGCAGGUUUUAAAAGAAGAAUCAAUAUCGAGGCAAAACAUUCUUCAAAUUCACUGCGCUACUAAUACAAGUAUCAGUAUUAAAGCUAAUGAAAGUACAGAUGUUGACUCAAAGGGAAAUUUAAGUACAUACGAUGUUGAAUGCCAAAAUGACUUGAGCAAACUAUGCAAACAGCAGUCAUUUGAUAUCGAAGAGUUAAAAAAGCAGCAUGAAAUCGAACUGAAUAGUAUAAAAACUGCUGCACAGCAAGAGGUUCAAGAUGUUUAUGAAAAAAAUAUACAAACUAUAAAACAAGAUUAUGAAAUGAAAAUAAAAGAAAUGAAAACGAAACAUGAAAAUGAAAUUAAUAAGUUGAGAGCUUCGCUUAUUGAUGUGAACUUUGAAAAAGAAAACAUUGUAGCACUGAAAAAUCAUGAAUUAAUUAAUUUACGCGCCGAACUCGAUGAAGCAAAAGCUAACAACUCUGUAUUGAGGAGCGGCUUUGUCAAGGCAUGUAAUGACUUCAACUCCGAAACAGUGAAAGAAAAGGCAUUAGAAUUUGAGAAAAGACUAUAUAAAAUAGAAAAAUCAAAAAAUAAACAUGUAAAAGCGUAUCAAAUGCAGUUGGCGAGUCUUCAGCGUGAUAAAUGUUUACUCGAUAGUUCGCUUCAUCUGCAACUUCUCAAGCAACGAACUGAAUUACUGACAGAAUUUACAGAAGAAAAUCAAAAAGAAAUAUUGGCUACUGUUGAAAAAUUGGAAGGAAAGUAUAAAGAGAUGGUGGCGAAUGUCCAAGCUUCUGCUAUACAAAGGAGAAUUCAGGAUCAAAUAGCUCUAGAAACUGUAGUACAUGCAGUAUACGGCGGAGGAUUUAAGAAUGGACACGCGACUUUCAGAUCGGCCAAUAACAAUGUACUGAAAUCUAAGUUAAUAAGAAAUCGACAAGAUAACGAGGAGGAUCUAUUGGCAUCACUUCAACUUAGCGGUGUUGGCAAGAACUCAAAAGAUAAAGAUGUUUCAAAACGCGAAGAUGACUUGGUUACUGGCUUCUGUUUAGAUGAAGUCAAAUUAGAAGAGUUAUAUGAAAGAGUUCAUAUUCCGCAACGGGAUACAUGUAACAAUUAAUGUGUAACUCUUAAAAAUGCCCAGAAAUGUUUAGCAAAUAUAAAAGGUAAACAAAUAAUCCACAAAAAAACAUGUGUAUGGUGGUAUAGUAUUAUACGUUUAAGAAAUUCUGGCACACUUCUCACAUUCACAUGUAAAUUUUCAAGUUGAAAUAAUUUAUGGACAUAGAGAAUAAAAUUAUGAAAUCGUUAAU